AUGGAAUCCUCCUUUCCCAACGUGAUGAACCAAUCUGUGCCGCCGGAACGGACUGAAUUAGGGCCUCCACCCAUGGUCAUCCAACAGUACGCAAGGUAUCCUCCGGCUCUGGAGCCUGGUUUACAUAGCGCUUCUCCCAUAGGCAGUGCUCGCAGUCACAUAGCUCCCUCAAAGUCUCCACCUCUGGCGCGCAAAGCUACCCCGCGCAGUCUUCAGGCAUCGCCAACCGGCCCACGGCCGAUAGCGCCGCCACCUCCUCCUCCACCUGCAAUAAUGGCGCACUCAGGACCCUCGAUCUCGCCUCCAAUGUAUGAUUCUAUUCGUCCACGGCCGCCACGGGAGUCGAUGGACCAGACAGAAACACGAUCCCUGCCAUCUCGCGAUCUGACUGACAGCUCCAUUGAUGACGCCUACAUCAUGUUUGUCUUCUAUUGCAAUCCAAAUGUCCCUUUGUCCGUGGAUACCUCAGAGCUCCGCAAGAACUUUCGCUGCCCACCCCGGAGUGAUGGCAAGAGUUUCAGUAUAUUCGCAUUAUGGGAACUUAUUCGGAAGCUAGAUAGUAAGGAGCUAAAGACAUGGAUACAACUGGCGAUCGAGCUGGGGGUAGAACCGCCUUCCCUGGAGAAGAAGCAGAGCACCCAGAAAGUCCAGCAAUAUGCUGUUCGGCUCAAGCGCUGGAUGCGCGCAAUGCACGUUGACGCAUUUUUCGAGUAUUGUCUUGGUCAUCCGCAUCCCUAUUACACCCACCUUCCGCCUGCCAAUGUGAUCAGCGACAGCCGUGAUGGAGUACCACUGGAAGAAGAUCUUGCGCUACGGGCUCUGGUUCCGCAAUGGAGGCCGAAGAGGGGCCGGAAGCGAGCCGAGGAAGAAAACGAAAGACUAGCCAUGGCGAAAAGGCCCCAUCUCGAUCCAAUAAUGGGCGUGCUGCAGCCAGGGCCAUUCCCAGGUCCUCCAGCAUCAUAUCCACCAGGUGCGCUGCCAUUUAGCGCCUUCCCUGACGAGAUGGGAUCGCAUGAUCCGUGGAUGGGCAGCGCACCCCCAUUCCCACCGGAAGGGACUUCUGAGCCUUCGUCGCAGUCGAACCAGGACCUGCGGUGGCGACCUAUCGAACGAGAUUCGUCCCCAGGGAGUUAUCCGCAUUCUGCUAUAGCACCCAGGAGCCAGCAUGAGUCUGAAGUCUUCAUUCAACCUGCAGAGCCGCGCUCAGCAGUCACAAUGUCUUCUUCCGGGGAAAAGGCGCGGCCUAAACGACGCCAUGGCCCCGCAGUGUCAUCUGCCUGGCCUAGUAACACCGGUAGCAAUGGAAAGACCAGAGGUCGGCCACCAAAUCGAGGGACUGUCUCUGGACCAUUCUCCUCGUUCCCAGUUAAUCCGAAUCGCACUGAUCCAUCCCAUUUACCGGGUCCAGGGCUUCGGAACUCCCCUGCCAUGCUCCUCGAUCAGGACCCUGCCGGUCGAUUCAAUCACUCCCCUUUCCAGCAGUCCCCUACGCCGUUCCAUUUCGGUCCCAAGCCAGAUAAAUUACAGCUUCAGGUACCGCCUCAUCCCGGCACACCUGUCCGUCUGGCAACCCCUCCUACCCUAAUGGUCAACGGUAUCAACAAUGCUCCUGGGUCAACGAAAUUGGAGGGACAAGGACCGCAGCGUAACGGUACCCUGGCCCCUCUAAACGACUUUAUGAGCAAUGUGGGCGUCACCAACCCAUCUGCCUACGCGAACCGCAAUAGCGUACCACAUGCGGAUAUAUCUUCCGAUGAUGUUGUACGUGCACUGUCAAGCGAACUUCUUCGCGGGAAGACCACCGGUCGGUCUGCUCCUAUUAGCACUGACGAAGCCCGGGCUUUAGCAAUGUCUGUAGUGUCCAGCUUGACCACUACAUAUGCCAAGCUACCAGCCGGCUUGGCGGCGCUCAUGUCCGCCUUGCAUCUUGGGCUUGGACAGCAAUUUGGCUAUCCAGGGGUGACGGACAGUUUGAUGACUGUAAAUAUCGAGUCAGGGCCUGCUGUAACCUCAGGCACACCAAGCACCGACGGGAGCCCCAACUAUAUGUACACCAUCUCUCAUGAGUAUAAGCACGGACUCCGGUUCUCAACGAAGGUUACGUACGGAGACCUGAGCAUCAGCACCCCGACUCCGGACAGUCACAAGCUGGACUUUACGCCCCGGGUAACCGAGGAACUUGAAGCCAGCAUCGCAGAAGCCGACAGCAUGACAGAUGCGGAAUUCGAAGUGGAUGCGGAGAAUUCCACCCCCGACGCAACGUGGAAACAACGAUACCUCAAGCUCCGAGCGCAGGUGCAGCGAAAGGAGCGAAUGUUGUCGCAAUAUAAGCGCAAAAUCCUUGAGUCUGUGAUGGCAGACAUCUAA